AUGCUGAAUUGUCUCUGGAGCAAAAGCAUCACGCAAAAUAAACGCCAAAAUGCUCACAUUCGUUUCUUUAUUCAGUCAUGCCUUCAAUUCUUCGUUUUCCUUAUCGAUUUGUGCAUGAACACGUUUUUCUCCGAACCGGAGAGUCGUUUAGUGACUUUUGUCUAUUAUACGCUCAUCUGGAUGUCACUGCACACAAUUGAUGGCUUUAUCAUCUACUUUUUUCGAUCGAAGUCGUUGAAAUCUCGAGCUGAUUGGCGCUCGGUGAAAUCACAAGGAGGAUCGAGUGUCUCACAAGUGAUCGCAAAAUAU